UUUCUUAUAUUUUAUUUAUUUUAUUUUCAAGUCUGUUGUAUGCUUUUCCUUGAUGAUCAAGUUCUUCAUUUAGAUGCAAAAUAUUAUCUGAUCAUCCAGACAAACAAACAAAAAAAAAAGAUGCUUGGCGGUGGAAUUGUUAGUCACCAUCUGACGGCGGGAUGAUUUCAAACCAUAGUUCUCUAUACCUCUCCGUAACUUUGGCACUCUCUCUUGGAGUGGAAUCUUCAAUUUUACUAUUCUAAUCUUGCAAGCUUUUUCUUCCAUUUUCCCACAGAUUUCUCGAGAAAAUGGAGAUUACCCAUCUUCGUUCUUGGUUUUUUGGCCUGUUCUCUGUCUCAGUGCUCUCGCUCUUCGUCUUAGUUCAUGGUCGGUCCACUUCGAUCGACGCUUUUGUAAUGCAGGAUCUGAAAAAGAGUCUUAACCCAUCGGAUUCACUCGGUUGGACAGACCAGGACCACUGCAAAUGGCAAUACGUGACAUGUUCCUAUGACAAUCGGGUCACCCAGAUCCAAAUCGGGUAUCUAAACCUCACAGGGUUUCUCCCUCCGAGCCUUGCUAACCUCACCGCCUUGCAGACACUCGAUCUCACGGCCAACAGUCUUGGUGGUAGGCUCCCAAGUCUGGCUGGGUUGAGCUCGCUUCAAUAUCUCUUCCUCAGCUACAACAUGUUUUCCUCCAUUCCCUCUGAUUUCUUCCUCGGCAUGACGUCCUUGGAAAUUGUCGGCCUCGACUACAUCCCCUUCUCGGCACAGCCUAUACCGGACAGUAUCCAAAGCGCAUCGAGCCUCAAGGUUUUCUCAGCCACUCUCUCCAACUUCACUGGGAAAAUUCCGGAUUGUUUUGGUGUUGCAAGGCUAACGGCACUUUACUUGGCAUCCAACAACCUUGAGGGCGGGCUGCCGGCGACCUUUCCGGGUUCUUCAAUCGAACAAUUGUGGUUGACUGGGCAGAAUAGUAUUCACAAGCUAAAUGGUUCAAUUGCUGUGAUACAGAACAUGACCAAGUUGACCGAACUGUGGUUGAAUUUUAAUAACUUUUCAGGUCAAUUUCCGGACUUUUCAAGGCUUACUUGGCUGGAGAGCUUUGAAAUGUCGGACAACAGCAUUACAGGUCAGGUACCGACAUCUUUGGUGAAUCUUCCAAGGCUUACGAAUGUGAGAUUGAUGAACAGCCUAUUACAAGGGCCAACCCCAAAGUUUAAUUCUUCUGUCACGGUAGAUACAGAAAAUGGGUCCAAUAGUUUUUGUUUAUUAGAUCCUGGAGUUGCCUGUGAUCCCCGGGUGAAUACGUUGCUUUUAAUUGCGGAGUCUGUUGGUUACCCAACGGUGUUCACAAAGAAAUGGAAAGGGAAUGAUCCUUGCAACAACUGGCUUGGGAUCAGUUGUGUGAAUCAAAACAUUACUUUUGUCAAUUUUCUAAAUUUGGGCCUUGCAGGUACAAUUUCUCCAAACUUCUCAUCAGUCAUUUCGUUGGAGAUACUAAUUCUUGCUAAUAAUAGUUUGACGGGUACGAUCCCAAACGAGCUUACAACUUUGCCUAACCUAAUAAAACUAGAUGUCUCGAACAAUCGACUUUUUGGACAAAUUCCAUCGUUUAAGAGUAAUGUGGUUGUACAGACUGAUGGCAAUCCUGAUUUAGGUAAGGAUGGUGUUGCUCAACCACCAACGAUAUCUGUACCACCUUCAAAGACUUCUUCAAGAAGUGGUAAUAGAUUCUUGAUUGAACUGAUUGUGGGUCUCGUAAUUGGGGGUGUUUUUGUAGUUUUAUUGGUUGGGAUUUUGAUAUAUUGCCUAUAUUGUUGCGAACGAAAGCAUUCUAGUGAUUUUCAUGUUAUUGAAGUUGGACGUUUGGCAAUUUCUAUUCAUGUUUUAAGGAGUGCGACUAACAAUUUUAGCAAACAGAACAUAUUGGGAACAGGUGGAUUCGGAACUGUUUACAAAGGGGAGUUGCAUGAUGGGACUAAGAUUGCUGUUAAAAGAAUGGAUGAUUUUCAUGUUAUUGAAGUUGGACGUUUGGCAAUUUCUAUUCAUGUUUUAAAGAGUGCGACUAACAAUUUUAGCAAACAGAACAUAUUGGGAACAGGUGGAUUCGGAACUGUUUACAAAGGGGAGUUGCAUGGUGGGACUAAGAUUGCUGUUAAAAGAAUGGAGCCUGGACUGGUCAAUGAGAGGGUUUGGGAUCAAUUCAAGUCUGAGAUUGCUGUGCUUAGUAAGUUUCGACAUAAGCAUUUAGUUUCUCUUAUAGGAUAUUGUUUGGAUGGAAAUGAGAGGCUACUUGUUUAUGAAUACAUGCCUCAAGGGACUAUUAGCAGGCAUUUGUUUAGAUGGAAUGAAGAAGGGCUGAAAGCCCUUGAAUGGUGGGAAAGAUUGGCUAUUGCUCUGGAUGUGGCCAGAGGCGUUGAGUAUAUGCAUGGUUUAGGUUUUAUUCAUAGGGAUCUCAAACCAUCCAACAUUCUCCUAGGAGAUGAUAUGCAUGCUAAAGUAGCCGAUUUUGGAUUUGUUCGUCGUGCACCAAAUGGAAAGUCUUCAGUUCUAACUAAACUAGCUGGAACUUUUGGGUAUCUCGCACCUGAAUAUGCAGUGACAGGACGAGUGACAGUUAAGGUUGAUGUGUUCAGCUUCGGUGUGAUUCUAAUGCAGCUUAUUACGGGAAAAAAAGCUGUAGUUGAGCUUGAGACCCAUCAAGAUGAGUGCAUUGGUCUUGUCACAUGGUUCCGCAAAAUGCGUAUGCACGAAAUCGCAUUCCAUAAGGCCAUUGACCCUGUGAUUGAUCUUGAUGAAGAAACUCUUGCUAGUAUCAGCAUUGUUGCUGAGUUAGCUGGCCACUGCUGUGCAAAGAAGCCCUCCCAAAGGCCCAACAUAUGCCAUGCAGUCAAUGUUCUUUCAUCUCUUGUAGAACUCUGGAAACCUUUAAACCGUCACUCUGAGGAGGGAGUUGGAUCAUCUGGAGAGCUCAAACUAAAAGAUCAAUGCCACACAUUUCAAAAUGAGUUGCCACAAUUUUAAAAGUUUAGAUAAGUAGUUAUAAUUUUGUAAGAUCACUACUUAUUUGAGAGUUUCGAUAUAUGUAAAUUUGUUUAAAAAAAAUGUGUGGAAAGUGCCUUUAAA